AUGAAAAUAAGUAGUGAAAAGUUAAUACUCCCAAUUUCUUUACCUCAAGAUGGAAUCGAAAUUGUUGAUGUAUAUGAAGAAGUUUUCUCUUUAUUCACAGAAGGUCGUCCAUUAGAAUGGCAGCAUAAUCGCGCCGUAACACAAAAUAAAGAUUAUGUUGAAAUUUUAAUCGAUGAAAGUAUCAAUGUAAAGAUUUCACAGAAUCAAUCACUUCUUUCGGUACGAGGUACAACAGGAACCGUCCUUUGGGACUCGAGUAUUAUGUUAACAAAAUUUAUGAAUGAUCAUCGAAUGUGGUUAAAUCUUUCAAUUGAAAAAACAAAAAUCCUUGAAUUAGGUUCAGGAUGCGGGUUAGCAGGAAUAAGUCUCGCUCCUUUUGUUAAUUUGAUGGCAUUAACGGAUCAAGCAAAUGUAUUAUCACAUCUUUGGAAAAAUGUUAAACGUAAUUUAAAUGAAGAUUAUUCAAAAGUUAUUGUAACAGAAUUAUUAUGGGGAGAAGAAAUUGAUAAAGAUAUCCUUCAACAUCAUUGGGAUUAUGUAAUUGCUAGUGAUUGUAUAUAUAAUGAAUUCAUAAUUGAUGAUUUUGUUAAAACUUUAACUAAAAUUUGUAAAAAUCUUUAUCUAACGAUCGUCAUUAUCGCGUUAGAGCUUAGAUCAGAUGUAGUUCAUUUGGUGUUUUUGGAAAAAAUGAAUGAAUUUGUUAUGUGGCGAUUACCAAAUUCUAUGUAUAGAAGAGAAUUUAAUAGAGGUUAUGUGAUUUAUAUCGCUUGGCUUAAAAAAAAUUAG